UUCUGAGGAGAGGGACAGCAACCGCAAAGAAACGCAGGAACAAGUCAGUUGGAUAGAGAGAAGAAAGAAAAUAAUACAGAAAUCCUUUAAACAAUGAAACCGACCGAAUAAGCCACUACAGUCAACUAGUAUUGAAUUCGUUUUAAACAUUUAAUUCAAUGACAUUUUUUUUAUUUUUAAUACAAGCAAGGUUAGCGGUUCGCGAGAGAGAGCUGUGUCAUUGAGCAGGCAGGACACGUCAGGAGACGAGAGAAAAGCUGGUUAGCCAUAACUAGCUACUAUAUGAGCGAAAGCCAUAAAAGUACCCUAUCGCUUGUCAUAAACUUGAUUUUCACAAUUUUAUCAGACACAUCGAGAUUGCCGAUUGACUACAGGACGGAUCGAGUCAUCGCCUGGAUCAAGGGUAACGUUAGCGACCAAAAGGACGUAAAGAUCACGGGAUAGCACAUAUUGUGUGGGGGAAAACAAAUGGGGGAUUACGGGUUUGGAGUCUUAGUGCAAAACAACACUGGCAACAAGUCUGCAUUCCCAGUUAGAAUUCACCCACAUCUGCAACCUCCACAUCAUCAUCAGAAUGCUUCUCCAAGCCCUGCUGCUUUCAUAAACAAUACCACAUCUGGUAAUGGCAGUAGCAGUGGGUCGCCUUGGCUUUUUUCAGCCACAGCUGCCCACAGCAGCAUGCAAGAUGAAAUUCUUGGGUCUGAAAAACCCAAAGCCCAGCAACAGGAAAUGCAAGAAACGCAAGAAAAGCAGCAACUGUCCCCUGGCCACCAGGAGUCUGUAAUCAUAUCUGAGUUAGAGAAGGCGAGGUCCGAGGAGAACAAGGUGGAGGGCAGCCCCUCAGAGGGUAGCAAUGGAAAGGAGAAGCUGCGCCUCGAGUCCCCAGUACUGACAGGCUUCGACUACCAAGAGACAUCGGGUCUUGGGGCUCCGGCCCAGUCCAGUACCUCCUCGUCCCUGACCGGCUUCAACAACUGGUCAGCGGCUAUUUCCCAGACACCCUCCACCAUCAUCAACGAGGAUGUCAGCUUCUUCAACCCAGCUGCAUCUGCUAACAAUGGGGCCCUCCUGUUCCAGAAUUUCUCCCACCACACCAGCCCAGGCUUUGGGGGAAACUUCUCCCCCCAGAUUGGACCCAUCUCCCAGCACCAUCCCCCACAUCCACACUUUCAGCACCCACACAACCAACACCAACAGCAUCGCAGGUCCCCGGCCAGCCCCCAUCCUCCUCCCUUCCCCCAUAGGAAUGCUGCGUUCAGCCAGUUGCCGCAUUUGUCCAAUAAUCUGAAUAAACCCCCGUCACCUUGGGGUAGCUACCAAAGCCCUUCUCCUUCUCCCUCUUCUACCUCCUGGAGUCCAGGCGGGGGCUAUGGUGGCUGGGGAGGCUCCCAGGGGCGUGAGUACCGUCGGGGCCUCAACGGAGGCAUGACCCCACUGAACUCCAUCUCCCCACUGAAGAAAACAUUCCCCAACAACCACGUGCCGUCGCAGAAGUACUCCCGCACCAGCCCUGGGUUCAACCCCAAAUCCUGGAUGGACGAGAGUGUGAGCAGGAGUGACAACAUCUUCCCCUUCCAGGAGCGCACCAGAUCCUUUGAUGGCUUCAACAUGCAUUCCCUGGAGAACUCUCUCAUUGACAUCAUGAGGGCUGAGCAAGAUACCCUGAAAGGUCGCCUAGGAUUCACCCAUCCAGGGGGAGAAAGUCCUCUGCCCAUAAAUGCAAGGAAUUAUGGGAGGAGACGAGGUCACUCUUCCCUGUUCCCCAUGGAGGAUGGUUUCCCUGACGACGAGCGUGGUGAGCAGAGCCUGCCUGGCCUUGGCUCGCCCCACUGUUUCCCCCACCAGAAUGGGGAGCGUGUUGAGCGUUACUCCCGCAAGGUCUUUGUCGGUGGCCUCCCGCCAGAUAUUGAUGAAGAUGAAAUAACUGCAAGUUUCCGUCGCUUUGGACACCUCUUUGUGGACUGGCCUCACAAGGCAGAGAGCAAAUCUUACUUCCCCCCGAAAGGUUAUGCCUUCCUGCUGUUCCAGGAUGAGAGCUCUGUGCAGGCCCUGAUUGAAGCCUGUAUUGAAGAGGAUGGCAAGCUCUACCUGUGUGUGUCUAGCCCCACCAUCAAAGACAAGCCGGUCCAGAUCCGUCCCUGGAACCUGAACGACAGUGACUUUGUGAUGGACGGCUCCCAGCCUCUGGACCCCAGGAAGACCAUCUUUGUGGGUGGGGUGCCACGCCCUCUCCGUGCAGUGGAGCUGGCUAUGAUCAUGGACAGGCUGUAUGGAGGCGUGUGCUAUGCAGGCAUCGACACAGACCCGGAGCUCAAGUACCCCAAGGGAGCAGGGCGGGUCGCCUUCUCCAAUCAGCAGAGCUACAUCGCUGCUAUCAGCGCUCGUUUUGUCCAGCUGCAGCAUGGAGAAAUCGAUAAACGGGUGGAAGUGAAGCCAUACGUCUUGGACGACCAGUUGUGUGAUGAGUGUCAGGGAACUCGGUGCGGGGGCAAGUUUGCCCCUUUCUUCUGCGCCAACGUCACCUGUCUCCAGUAUUACUGUGAAUACUGCUGGGCGGCCAUCCACUCACGCGCUGGUCGGGAGUUCCACAAGCCACUGGUCAAGGAGGGAGGGGACCGGCCUAGGCACAUCUCCUUCCGCUGGAACUGAGAGGCAGAGGGGAGAGGGGGGAGUAGGAGUCGCAAAAUCAUUGUACAAAUAAAUGCACUUUUCUGUUGCUGGUUCCUUUUUAACUCUAAUUUGGGAGAAAAAAAGAAGUUUAUUUUUAAAUUAAUAUUUUUUUUAAAGAUGAGGAGAUAUGUCAAGAAAGGAAAAGAAAAUGUGUAUCCCAUGUGUAUCCCAUGUGUAUCCCAUGUGUAUCCCAUGUGUAUCCCAUGUGUAUCCCAUGUGUAUCCCAUGUGUAUCCCAUGUGUAUCCCAUUCUCUUGACUUUCUUCAGUUGCUUUUAUCUUUUAUUAGAGCAGAAUUUGAAAAGAUUAGGCUUUCAAUUGUCACCUUACUAUCCAAUUGGCGUGUCAUUGACCAUCAACUUCAAAGCAGUAUGUUCAGUUCAAAUUUUCAUCCAAUAGGCUACAGAGCAGAUGUUCAUCCAAUAGGCUCCAGAGCAGAUGUUCAUCCAAUAGGCUCCAGAGCAGAUGUUAAUAGCAAAGGUGUUGCUAAAGAAGAGUGCACUUAUUUCUUUAUUUUAGAGUGCAGAAUAUAAAGUCUCAGUAGUUAACCAAAGCUUAAUCUCAAUUGGUUUGAAAAAGAAACAAGUACAGAAACGUGGAUUAUUUCCCAGAUCAGAUGUUUGAAUAUUUUUUUUUGAGACCAUGCUAAUAUUUGAUGUUACUUGACAAGAUCCAUUUCACAACAGGCGUUCUGGUUUGAUCUCCAUUUUGACAUGCAAAAACUAAUACCUCAAGCUUAGCUGCUAAUGUGAUGAAUAAGUUAAAGAAGGUAAGCUGGUAUCCCUCUUCCCUUAAGACCACAAUCAAAGGGAAACGGCUUCAGCAAAAAGACACAUUUUUAUAGACGCUGCUUUGUCACUUCUUUAUUUUUGUAAUCUGACCCAAGGUUGUACUAAGAAUGAACAUAGCAUUUUAUUGGGGAAUGUAUGGCAUUGUAGGUCCCUGAGACCCUCAGCGCUGGCCCGUAUAGAGAUAAGUGACCCCCCCCCCCUCUGUGUCUGAGGCCAUGCUAGCUAGGAGAGGAGAGGCUAAUGCCUAGUUGUCAUCAGGGCUGCACGUGAGCAGAAAGCCCUGCUUUUCGUGUAAUAUUAUUAUUAUUAUUGCGUUGGUGCAAAUCUCCUAAUCCUUUAUUCACAACCGUAUUCUGUUUUUAACCCCCCUCAAAAAGAGAAAUGAAUUACAAAAGCCAGGCUUGUCAUCAACACAUUUCCAUCUAGAGGAGGAUGCAGUUAUUAGACCUGCAGACCUCUCUUCCUGUGCCAGCCCAGCUAACUCAGCCAGUGUUCUAAGCAUAAAUGAAGAUAGUCCAUGCGAUGUGCUCUACUACGUACGUCCCACAAUGCAGUUCACUCACUCAAACAAGACUGCAAUAAAGAGGUUAUACCUAGAUGCUUUAGGGAACCAAAGUCACCUGUGCAGUAGUGCAGUAAUACAGUAUUUCAUUUCAGUUUUUCUGAGUUCAUUAUUCUUUUACUAUUUUUCUUACGAAGACCAGAUGGACUACAGCAAACCAAAGAUUGGCCUUGAAUAGAUAACAGUGCAGUCAAAAUCCAGGAAAACACUAGUGAAAACAACUGGAUUUAUUCAGUUUACAGACACCCAGGCUUUUUCACCAGUCAAUCCUCUCAUUUCCAAAGGUCAAAAUAGAGAUGUUUGUUGCUAGGCAGUUGUGUAACGUGAAUAGGUCUGCAACAGGUUUGGGGAAAUGAACACAAAAAGCUAAACAAAGGCUCACAUUUGGUUUGGUUAUUAUAGUCAUACAGUAUCUGAAUCUACUAGAGUUUUAAUAUGUCAGGGAGGGAGUGCUGAAAUAGAAUUUAACACACUAGUGAAAACCGUAUCCUUGUGUUGUCUUGCUGGUGUUCUACUGCACCAUGACUUUAGCUUGCUGGUGUUCUACUGCACCAGUUCUGCACCAAGACUUUAGCUUGCUGGUGUUCUACUGCACCAUGACUUUAGCUUGCUGGUGUUCUACUGCACCAUGACUUUAGCUUGCUGGUGUUCUACUGCACCAGUUCUGCACCAAGACUUUAGCUUGCUGGUGUUCUACUGCACCAGUUCUGCACCAUGACUUUAGCUUGCUGGUGUUCUACUGCACCAUGACUUUAGCUUGCUGGUGUUCUACUGCACCAGUUCUGCACCAAGACUUUAGCUUGCUGGUGUUCUACUGCACCAGUUCUGCACCAUGACUUUAGCUUGCUGGUGUUCUACUGCACCAUGACUUUAGCUUGCUGGUGUUCUACUGCACCAGUUCUGCACCAAGACUUUAGCUUGCUGGUGUUCUACUGCACCAGUUCUGCACCAUGACUUUAGCUUGCUGGUGUUCUACUGCACCAUGACUUUAGCUGGCUGGUGUUCAACUGCACCAUGACUUUAGCUUGCUGGUGUUCUACUGCACCAUGACUUUAGCUUGCUGGUGUUCUACUGCACCAGUUCUGCACCAGGACUUUAGCUUGCUGGUGUUCUAAUGUACCAGUUCUGCACCAGGACUUUAGCUUGCUGGUGUUCUACUGCACCAGGACUUUAGCUUGCUGGUGUUCUACUGCACCAGUUCUGCACCAGGACUUUAGCUUGCUGGUGUUCUACUGCACCAGGACUUUAGCUUGCUGGUGUUCUACUGCACUAGGACUUUAGCUUGCUGGUGUUCUACUGCACCAGUUCUGCACCAGGACUUUAGCUUGCUGGUGUUCUAAUGUACCAGUUCUGCACCAGGACUUUAGCUUGCUGGUGUUCUACUGCACCAGUUCUGCACCAGGACUUUAGCUUGCUGGUAUUCUACUGCACCAUUUCUGCACCAGUACUUUAGCUUGCUGGUAUUCUACUGCACCAUUUCUGCACCAGUACUUUAGCUUGCUGGUGUUCUACUGCACCAGGACUUUAGCUUGCUGGUGUUCUACUGCACCAGUUCUGCACCAGGACUUUAGCUUGCUGGUGUUCUACUGCACCAUGACUUUAGCUUGCUGGUGUUCUACUGCACCAGUUCUGCACCAGGACUUUAGCUUGCUGGUGUUCUUCUGCAACAUGACUUUAGCUUGCUGGUGUUCUACUGCACCAGUUAUGCACCAUGACUUUAGCUUGCUGGUGUUCUACUGCACCAUGACUUUAGCUUGCUGGUGUUCUACUGCACCAGUUCUGCACCAGGACUUUAGCUUGCUGGUGUUCUUCUGCAACAUGACUUUAGCUUGCUGGUGUUCUACUGCACCAGUUAUGCACCAUGACUUUAGCUUGCUGGUGUUCUACUGCACAAGGACUUUAGCUUGCUGGUGUUCUACUGCACCAGUUCUGCACCAGGAGCUUAGCUUGCUGGUGUUCUACUGCACCAGUUCUGCACCAUGACUUUAGCUUGCUGGUGUUCUUCUGCACCAUGACUUUAGCUUGCUGGUGUGCUACUGCACCAGGACUUCAGCUUGCUGGUGUUCUACUGCACCAGUUCUGCACCAGGACUUUAGCUUGCUGGUGUUCUUCUGCACCAUGACUUUAGCUUGCUGGUGUGGUGGAUAAACAUUUUAGGAGUUAAACACUUUUUGAAGAAUUUGCUGUUAAUGAGAGAAAAAAAGAUUAUUUUAUACAUGGCCUGCUGAUUUUUGGUACAGUGUUUUCUAGCUAAAUUAUUUUGUCAUGCACAUAUAAACAUUUUAUGCACUACUUUUCUAAAUAUUUCUUUUUUCUUCCCAACAGUCAUUUUAGGCACAUUUUUCACAAAUGGGGAAAACUCCUUUUUGCAAUACCUCAAUUUUUCACAUUGUGAAAGGUAGCUUUUGUACUUUUGUUACUGAGAGAUCUGCAUAUAUGGAUACUUUUCAUUUAACGAAAAAAAUGUAGUGAUUUCGAUAUAUAUUAUUUUCAGUUAUGCUUUUUUCUACAUUUCAGUGCUGAGGAAUCUUCACAACCAAGUAGCGUGCGUGCAUUGACGCGACUUCCGAAACGGCAGAGGAACGAUCAGUGUACUGCUUAAAGGUCUUAGACCUUAUACACUAGAUGUUUCACAAAAAUCAGAUCUUAACAGCAUGGCGAGGACAAAGUUGUCAUUUAAAAUUUUAAUGUUAUUGUUUAAAAAAAAAUGGCUAUCCUAGUUGGGGAAAAUGGUAACUUCUCUUUUUGGUUUCCUCUCCAUAGCUGGAAUAUAACUAUUAUAAGGAUAAUGCAAAUUAUGGUUCUUGCUUCGGCUGGAUCUCGUAUCACAAGAAUGGAUGUUUGGUGUUUAGAUAUUUUAACAUUUGAAAAUAUAUAUUCUUGAACUUGCCAACUAGCUCCUAUUGUAAUCCUUAGCAUGCAUGACGAAAAAAAGAUAAGUACAUGAAUUAGCUAUUGAAUUUGAUUGUUGUGGUUGUGCACCAGAUGUUUCUCAACUUUAAUUUGUUAAGGACACCCCCACACCUCACUUCUCUCCCACGUGUUGAUAUCUUUGCCUUCUCCAUACUCAGACCUCUGCAGGAUGCAAAGAAAAAAAUAUGAGAAAAUAAGAAAAAAAACUAACUCUAAAAUCUAUUUUAGCAGUGGAGGACUUGAGCAUCUUAUAGGACACUGUUGAAAAGACUUGUUAACUCAUCUCCACUGUCUGUUGAGGUAAUUCAACCGUUUUGGAAGAAGGGGAACUUUAAGACUUGAAUGUGGUAAAUGUUGCAAGUUAACUUCGAGUUGUUAUGUGCAAUACAUUUUAUUUUAUUUUUUUCCAGAUAAAGACUCUUUGCAAUGUAAUUCUUUAAUGCCAUUUUUAAUUGCAGACAUUUAAAGAAGACGUUAAUAUGUUUUUCAGUCAUUUUCUACUGUUAUUGUAAUCCUUUUCAUGCUGGUGUUUGUAAAAAAGAAAAAGAAAUCAAACUAUUUGUACUAAUAUAAAUAAUUGAAGUUAUUUUUAAAACAUUAAAGGUUUUGUGCUCAUUUGUUUAUUUCAAGCUACUGUGAUUGCAUUGUAAUUAUUAGGUCAAUAAUGUAUUUAGCUGUUUAUUGGUAUAUUUUUAAUUGGAAUGUAUAAUUUUUAUAAUUUUGAUCAGAUUUUUGUUAUAUUUUUGAGGUGAAGCUUUUAAAGUGUCUAGUUUUUACUAAUUGCUAUAUUGUGCUCCACAAUAUAUGAUUAACAUUUUCUGAAGGAAAAUAAAUAUUUAAAUAUUUGUCUGUUAAUGAUGUUACUUAAUGGCAAAAUUUCAAUAGUUUUUAACUGUAUGGGAAGGUUGUUGUAUUUAUUAAUAGCAUUUUUUACUUAAGAUAUCACCUUAAUUUCUAUUGUCAUUUCACUUUAUAAGUUCCUAUUUUUGUAUUUUCCUUUCUAAUUAAGUUAUGUAAUACAAAAUGUCCAUAUUUCUAGGAGUUGGUCUGUAGCAGUGCUAGUGAAACGAAAAAUACAAUUCUGUUAUUUAAUUGUUUGCAGCCAACUAUUUAUAACAGUGCAUCAUUUUGAAAUAUUUGUAAUGUGAAAUGUUGAAUGAAUAAAACUUAACUGUGAUAAGGCC